AUGAGGGGCUACUGCCAAAUUGAAGCCGUCUUGGCCUCGGCAAGUGGGAUGAUUGGCGACAGCUGGAUGACUGGUGGUAGUAGUGGGGUGACUGGUGGCAGCGGUUGGAUGACUGGUGGUGGUGGGGUGUCUGGUGGCAGCAGUUGGAUGACUGGUGGCGGUGAUUGGAUGAUUGGCGGUGGUUGGAUGACUGGUGGUGGUGGGGUGUCUGGUGGCAGCAGUUGGAUGACUGGUGGCCGUGGGUGGAUGAUUGGCGGCGGUUGGAUGAUUUGCGGCGGCUGGAUGACUGGUGGUGGUGGGGUGACUGGCGGCGGUUGGAUGACUGGUUGUGGUGGUGGGGUGACUGGUGGCAGUUGGAUGACUGGUGGUGGAAGUGGGGUGAUUGGCGGUGGUUGGAUGACUGGUGGUGGUGGGGAUGAUGGUCGGGAGCUGUAUGGUGAGGGUGGGGAAUGUGAAUGGGGUCUAGGAUCUACUUUGUGA